GAGCGGCUCACCGACCUGCUGGAGGCAAUGGACCGUGACGCCUGGGCAGCGGCUGAGCGCGAGGCGGCGCGGCUGGCAGGGGAAUUUGCCGCGCUGGUAGGGGCAGAGGCUUCGGCCCGGCGGGCUGUGGAGGCGGAGACCCUUCGUGCUGCUGGGCGCCUCGAGCGGGAGUUGAAACGCUGUGCUAGGGACGCCGUUGGUCGGGAGCAGCAGCGGCGACGGUGCUUGGCUGCACAGGCAGAUGCCACAAGGGCACGUAUGCAACGUGAAAAUCAAGAAAUAGAGGAGGAAGAGGCGGACAAACGAGAGGCCGUGGAGUGGCAAGAGGGGCAGCGUCUGCAUGAAGAGGAGGAGGCUCUUCGAGAGGACAUGGAGCGGCAGGAGGACGAGCAUCUCAGCGUACUCCUGAAAGUGAUGCGGAAGGCGAUGGCAGCUGCUGCGGGGCUUGAAAGGCAGCGUCUGUAUGAAGAGGAGGAGGCUCUUCGAGAUGCCGUGGAGCAGAAGGAGGAUGAGCGGCUCACCGACCUGCUGGAGGCAAUG